CACUAUGACCCGGACUUCACGUCCUCAACGUAUUCUGAAGGCAGUGCAGAGGAAAGCCACUUUAGGAGACCCCCAGAGUGUGAUCACAGCCAUCGACCACUUCUGCAGACAUAGAGAAUGGGCCAUGAAUGUGGGGGAUGAGAAAGGCUCCAUUCUGGACUCGGUGGUCAAUGAAGUGAGUCCAGUCACUGUCUUGGAGUUAGGCACUUACUGUGGCUACUCAACAGUACGCAUAGCCCGCCUAUUACCCCCUGGAGCCUGUGUCAUUACCUUGGAGUUCAACCCAGAUUAUGCUGCCAUUGCUCGUCAAGUCAUCAAAUGGUCAGGACUGGAAGAUAAGGUGCAGCUAGUGGAGGGAGCCUCAGGAGACUGGAUCCCUUGGAUGAAGGAGCAUUUCGGGGUCCAGGCGUUUGACUUAGUUUUCCUGGACCACUGGAAAGAGCGCUACCUUCCUGACACAAAACUGCUGGAGGAGUGUGGUCUCAUACAGAAAGGUACAGUGCUGCUGGCAGACAAUGUAAUCUGUCCAGGAACCCCUGACUAUCUGGAGUACGUCCGCAACAGCCCUCACUACAACAGCCAGUACUACAGAUCCCACCUGGAGUACACCAAAGCAGAGGACGGCUUGGAGAAGUCUGUGUUCUUAGGGUACUAGCCAAACAUUGAACCUCUUGUUUUAAAACACUGUAACUCUCUUUGUAAUGUAUUWUUUGUUUGUUUCUAUUCUAAGCGCUGCCUUAUAUCUGAGUUAUGACAUACUGUAACUUACUGUGCUAAGCAUUUCUUUCCCUGUAUAAUUUAUCUAGAGUAAACCAAUAUGUCUUUGAAAAGUAUUUCUGUGUGUUUUGACUUUGUCACAAUGCUAUCUAGCUAUGCAAAUUGUUAAAAUGUCAGGUCUUAACAGUUACAUUUAGUGCUGUCAGUUUUACCGCCGCCGGWUUACGGUAGUGUGAUGUCAAACAUGGAUCUAAUACACUAGGUGGCAGUAGUGUGCCUUUUUAGAGAUUCCAAUCAAACAACUGAAAAGCAGCUUGCAAAGUGGCCCCAUCAUAUCUUCAUAGCAUGAAUAGUCUUCUUUCCGGUGUAGGCAGACAGAAAACGGACUAAAAUCUUACACCAUAUCUAGCAACUGUAAAUAAUGAUUUAUGUUUUGUUAUGAAUCUGUAUCAGGUCUACAUUUAGUUAUUAAAGAUUCUGUGAGAAAGGUC